AUGAACGUAUCCAAGAAAGAAAACACAAACUCCAUUACCCACUUCAUCCUCCUGGGCUUCCCCUCAAGUCCAGAAAGGCAGCUCCUCUUCUUUGGGCUCUUCUCAGUAGCCUACACUCUGACUCUCAUGGGGAACACGGCCAUUGCCUGGGCUGUGCAGGGAGACCGGUGCCUUCACACGCCCAUGUACAUCUUCUUGGGGAAUUUCUCUCUUGUGGAAAUAUGCUAUGUCACCACAACUGUCCCUAACUUAUUGGCCAACUUCAUCUCCACAACGAAGUCCAUCUCCUUUGUGAGUUAUUUUGCACAAUUCUACUUCUUCUUCUCCUUUGGGUGUGAUGAAGGCUUCUACCUUUGCAUCAUGGCCUUUGACAGGUAUCUUGCUAUAUGCCAUCCACUGCAUUAUCCACGCAUCAUGACCAGACAACUCUGCACUGGCCUUGUUGUCUUGGGAUGGUCCAGUGGGUUCAUCAUUUUCCUAACUCCAGUCGUUUUCAUUUCACAGUUACCCUACUGUGGCCCAAAUAUCAUUAACCAUUUUGUAUGUGAUCCUGUCCCAAUAAUGAUGCUAUCCUGUUCUGAGGACAAUACCACCCAGUUCAUUUACUCUACUUUCAAUGCAGUCUUCAUGAUUGGGACUUUUCUAUUCAUCCUUUGUUCCUAUGCACUGGUGAUUUUGUCUGUGCUGAGGAUGCCCUCUGAAGCCAGCAAAAGCAAAGCUUUCUCCACUUGUGCUUCUCAUCUGGCUGUGGUGUUUUUGUUUUUUGGCUCUAUUAUGGUGAUGUAUGUUAGCCCUGGGUCAACACACCCAGUGGAAGUGCAAAAAAUUGUGACCUUAUUUUAUUCUGUGGUAACACCCCUCCUCAAUCCUCUGAUUUAUAGCCUGAGGAAUAAGGAGAUGAAGGCUGCCCUAAGGAAAGUUUUUAGCAAUGAAAGCCUGUUCAUAAAACAGAAAGCAGAAAUCAUGGGAAGCUAA